AUGGUUCAAGUUAAGAAAUCAGGCGAUGUAGCCUCAAGCGAGCCCCAGGCCCCCGAGCCCCGGGUUGAAGAGGGGAAGCCGGGGAGGGAUGCAGACACGCGGCGUCUCGAGGAGAUGGGAUACUCACAGCCAAUGGAGCGAAAGUACUCGGUGCUGUCGGUUCUGGGGGUAGCAUAUUCUCUGACCAAUUCGUGGUGGGGAGUGUCUGCCUCUCUGGUGACUGGCAUCAACUCCGGAGGAUCAGCCCUACUCGUCUACGGGAGCAUUCUGCUGGCCCUAGUCUCCACGGCCGUGGCAGCCACUCUUUCAGAGCUAGUCAGUGCCAUGCCCAACGCUGCCGGGCAGUCAUUUUGGGCCAGGGAGCUGAUUCCUCGCAAAUACGCACGACUUGCCUCCUACAUCACCGGCUGGCUUGCCUGGUCGGGGUCAAUCUUCGCCUUACAGUAUGUGAUAAACAGUUCUGCCAGUGUUGCAUCGGGCGUUGCAUCGGCCUGUGUAGGCUCUUACGCCCUCUCCCAUCCAACACUGGAAAUAAAACCAUGGCACACGCUGGUAGUAUACCAGGUCGUCAACCUCUUCUGUUUUUUCUUCAAUAUAUACGGGCGAACCUUGUCCUUUGUCGGCAAUGCGUGUCUUUGGACCAGCCUAGGUGCCUUCGUUGUCAUUCUCAUUGCGGUUCCUGCGCGUGCUGCAACCCAUACCUCCCCCAACUUCGUCUUUGCCUCCUUCUCCAAUGCUACUGGCUGGAACAAUGACGGCAUUGCGUUUAUCGUCGGAUUGAUCAAUGCGAACUGGGGGUUCAGCGGCCUCGAUGCAGCUGUCCACCUUGCGGAGGAGAUUCAACAUCCCGAGAGAAUGGUACCGAUUGCCAUCAUGGGAGUAAUUGCUAUCGGAUUUGUAACCUCCUUCGCCUUCGUCCUCGCGAUGAUGUUCAGCGUCCAGGACCUUGCCGCGUUUCUGGCAGCCUCCUUCCCCAGUCUGGAGCUCUUUCGUCAAGCUCUGCGCAACGACGCCGGCGCCAUCGUUCUGGAAGCACUGACAAUCGCGACCGGUAUGGGCAACAUGAUCUCUUGCCAUACCUGGGCUGCACGGCUCUGCUGGUCCUUUUCCCGCGACCAUGGCGUCCCCUUUUCAUGGGUGUGGUCCCAGAUUGCUCCCCGCGUUGAGACUCCCUUGGCCGCGCAUACCCUCAACACGAUCAUUGUGGGUGCCAUCGGAUGCAUCUACCUCGCCUCGCAGACGGCUUUCAACUCGAUGGUGACGGGAUGCAUCGUGCUCCCGUACCUAUCCUAUGUAUUGCCGGUAAUGGGUCUUCUGCUCCGUGGCCGUAACAAUAUUCGCCAUGGUCCGUUCUGGCUUGGGGGGCUAGGCCUGUUGGCUAAUUGGGUUUGCCUGGGUUGGAUUCUCUUUACCUGGGUCUUUUACUCAUUUCCUGCGCAGAUGCCCGCUACCACUGGAAAUAUGAAUUACAUCUGCGUGAUAUAUGCCGUCAUUGGUUGCAUCGUUGUCACGGACUGGUUUGCUCGAGCACGCAAGGUAUACUUGUCAAACAUUGCGACGAUCGAUGGGCAAGAGAUAUAUGAGUUCGACGAGGGUCUAGAAAGUUGGUCAGACUAA